AUGAGCACCCACACCUGCUGUUUCACGGAAGAAGCGGCAGUUAGGCUGAAGGGGGGACGGCUCACACCGCUGGAUGGGGCUGGCCUGCGGGGCAGCGCCUGCAUCUCCGCCUUCACACGCAGAUACCGGGGUGAGGGUGCCCCCCACUUCCUCCAGCAGCAGGCCGGUGCCGGGCCCUCCCCCCAGCUGCAUGUGCUGCAGAACUCCUGCGUCCUCAGGAAAACGUGGCAGGAUCUGGGCCAGGCCCACACUCCCCUGGCAGACUUGGUGCUGUGCACCAUCAACGCCAUCGAGGACCAGAGCCAGGACGCCCUCGUGUCUGGAGUCAGAAGCCUGUGCCAGAGCCUACUGGGGCAUCACUUCGGGAGGGAAGACGAGGAGCUGGCCCAUGCUCUGCGAUCCCUCAGGCGGGGCCUGGAGCGCUACCCCAGCCUGCUUCCUCCUCCCACGUACAAGGGCCUUGUGCAAAGUCUGUACAGAGUGGUCUUCACUGAGUACCUCCAGGCCUUGGUCACCCACCUCAAGAAGCUGAAGCCCCGGAAGUGGGAAGACCAGCGGGGUCAGGUGGAAACGGACGUCCAGGAGCUGCGUGAGACUUUCGGGAGGCAGGAGGGCCUCGGUGACGGAGCCCCUGGCCUGGAGGCCUUCAUGGAGGUCUUCCAGCUCAGCGGGGAGAGGGGCAGCCCGUGUCUGGAUGAAUGGCUGGCCUCCUUCAGGGACAGGUUCCCAGACUAUGUGAGGAGGGAAUCCAAGGCCAGAGAAGGGCAAGGACUUGCCCAGGAUCCCCUGCAGGCUGGUGCAGGCCCCUCCCUGGUCUCUCCGCCUCCUGACACUGAGAUCCACCCAGCUGGACCCUCGGAGCGGCCUGGUCCAGAUCCCUUCCUGGUGUCCAGAGCUCCCGGGUCUGGCUCCUAGACAAGCCCCCCACCAGUCUAUUUCCUUCGCUUCCUGCCCUGAGAUGCCCGUCACCAUUGUCUUGGCCGAGAUCUAUCCUGUCUGUUCCCUGGCAAAUGUCUUCACAGCAGAGGACCAGCCUCAUGUCUGGAGGACCAGACAGACAUUUGUCCUCAUCUCCUCG